AUGAAACUGAAAAACCCAAACGUUCUCAACCAGUACAUUAGAGAAUUAGAAACACACAAACCUGAAGUGGAAAGUAAAAUUAACAAUGAUGAUACUAAUCAAGCCUGGAACGCUCUGAAAGAAAAUAUCACACGAGCAACUACCUCAGUUUUGGGACAUUUUACUACAACUAAGAACCCCUGGUUUGAUGCCGAGUGCUCGAACGCUAUCGAAGAUAGAAAAUUAGCAAGGGAAAAAUUCCUACAAAAACCAAUAACACAAAACAAACUUAUUUUUGAAGAGAAACAGAAACUUGCCAGGAAACUCAUUAGGAAAAAGAAAAGGGAUUUUAUGAAUUACAAAUUAAAAAGAGCUGAGAAUGACCGUACCACAGACUCCAGAGGAUUUUUCAAGAGCAUAAAUAUGUUCAAAAGUGGGAAUAUAAAAAAUUAUGGACAGUUCAUAACAGACCCAGAUGGCUCCUUGCUAACAGAAAGAAGUGACAUUGCUAACAGAUGGAAGGAAUAUUUUAAUGAGUUACUAAAUGCUCCAACUAUAAGCGUCUCUCAGGAAGAUGACAAUGAAUAUCUUACUGCUGACCCAUCGGACGAAGAGCCCAGCUUAGCAGAAAUUAAAGAAAGCAUCAAGAAGCUGAAGAGACAUAAAGCUCCUGGAAGUGAUGGUAUAGACACAGAUAUAUGGAAGCUCAUCACCGCCAGCCAGAUGCCGGGAGCUGGUGUCCACCCCCUGGACGACACCGCCUUGGCCAGAAGCCCCUGCCAGGAGCGCCACCAGCACUACACACUCACCGUGUGGCUGAGAAACACGAAGCAACGUCGCCAGCCGACGAGCCGCUUGCCCACCAAGAACGCUGGACUUUGA